AUGGCAGCCUCCCGCCUGGACUUUGGGGAGGUGGAAACUUUCCUGGACAGGCACCCAGAGUUAUUUGAAGAUUACUUGAUGCGGAAAGGGAAGCAGGAGAUGGUCGAGAAGUGGCUGCAGAGGCACAGUCAGGGUCAGGGGGCAUUAGGCCCAAGACCCUCAUUGGCUGGCACGAGCAGCUUGGCUCACGGUACCGACAAAGGUGGAAGCAGUGUUGGCGGUGGCACUGGACCAAACGGCUCUACCAACAGACAGCCCACUCCUGGUGGCGGGGACUGUGGUGGGGUUCCCCUGAGUCCCAGCUGGGCCAGUGGCAACAGGGGAGAUGGGAACCUGCAGCGGAAAGCUUCUCAGAAAGAGCUAAGGAAGAGUUUUGCCCGCUCCAAGGCCAUCCACGUGAACAGGACCUACGAUGAACAGGUGACCUCCAGGGCCCAGGAGCCCCUGAGCAGUGUACGGCGGAGGGCGCUUCUCCGGAAGGCCAGCUCUCUGCCCCCGACCACAGCCCACAUUCUCAGUGCGCUGCUGGAAUCGAGGGUGAAUCUGCCUCAGUACCCCCCUACGGCCAUCGACUACAAGUGCCACCUCAAAAAGCACAAUGAGCGUCAGUUCUUCCUGGAACUGGUCAAAGAUAUCUCCAAUGACCUUGAUCUCACCAGCCUCAGCUACAAGAUCCUCAUCUUCGUCUGCCUCAUGGUGGACGCUGACCGCUGCUCUCUCUUCCUGGUGGAAGGGGCAGCUGCUGGCAAGAAGAGCUUGGUCUCCAAAUUCUUUGAUGUGCAUGCAGGAACCCCACUGCUGCCCUGCAGCAGCACAGAGAACUCAAAUGAGGUGCAGGUCCCCUGGGGCAAAGGCAUCAUUGGCUAUGUCGGGGAGCAUGGAGAAACGGUCAACAUUCCUGAUGCCUACCAGGAUCGAAGAUUUAAUGAUGAAAUUGACAAGCUAACUGGAUACAAGACAAAAUCAUUAUUGUGCAUGCCUAUCCGAAGCAGUGAUGGUGAGAUUAUUGGUGUGGCCCAAGCGAUAAAUAAGAUUCCUGAAGGCGCUCCAUUUACUGAAGAUGAUGAAAAAGUUAUGCAGAUGUAUCUUCCAUUUUGUGGAAUUGCCAUAUCAAAUGCUCAGCUCUUUGCUGCAUCAAGGAAAGAAUAUGAAAGAAGCAGGGCUUUGCUAGAGGUAGUUAAUGACCUCUUUGAAGAACAGACUGACCUGGAGAAAAUUGUAAAGAAAAUAAUGCAUCGGGCCCAAACUCUGUUGAAAUGUGAACGCUGCUCUGUUUUACUCCUAGAGGACAUUGAAUCACCAGUGGUGAAGUUUACCAAAUCCUUUGAAUUGAUGUCCCCAAAGUGCAGUGAUGCUGAGAACAGUUUCAGAGAAAGCAUGGAGAAAUCAUCGUACUCCGACUGGCUAAUAAAUAACAGCGUUGCCGAGCUGGUUGCUUCAACAGGCCUUCCAGUGAAUAUCAGCGAUGCCUACCAGGAUCCGCGCUUUGAUGCUGAGGCUGACCAGAUAUCCGGUUUUCACAUAAGAUCUGUUCUCUGCGUCCCUAUUUGGAAUAGCAACCACCAGAUAAUUGGGGUGGCUCAAGUGUUAAACAGACUUGAUGGGAAACCUUUUGAUGAUGCCGAUCAACGACUUUUUGAGGCUUUUGUCAUCUUCUGUGGCCUUGGCAUCAACAACACAAUUAUGUAUGAUCAAGUGAAGAAGUCCUGGGCCAAGCAGUCUGUGGCUCUUGAUGUACUAUCAUACCACGCAACAUGUUCAAAAGCUGAAGUUGACAAGUUUAAGGCAGCCAACAUCCCUCUGGUGUCAGAACUUGCCAUCGAUGACAUUCAUUUUGAUGACUUUUCUCUCGAUGUGGAUGCCAUGAUCACGGCUGCUCUUCGAAUGUUCAUGGAGCUGGGAAUGGUACAGAAAUUUAAAAUCGACUAUGAGACUCUGUGUAGGUGGCUUUUGACAGUGAGGAAAAAUUAUCGAAUGGUUCUGUACCACAACUGGAGACACGCCUUCAAUGUGUGCCAACUGAUGUUUGCAAUGUUAACUACCGCUGGGUUUCAGGAGAUUCUGACUGAGGUGGAAAUUUUAGCGGUGAUUGUGGGAUGCCUGUGUCAUGACCUCGACCACAGGGGAACCAACAAUGCCUUCCAAGCUAAGAGUGGCUCUGCCCUGGCCCAACUCUAUGGAACCUCUGCUACGUUAGAGCAUCACCAUUUUAAUCACGCCGUGAUGAUCCUUCAGAGUGAGGGUCACAACAUCUUUGCUAAUUUGUCCUCCAAGGAAUAUAGUGACCUUAUGCAGCUUUUGAAGCAGUCAAUAUUGGCAACAGACCUCACACUGUACUUUGAGAGGAGAACUGAAUUCUUUGAACUUGUCAGUAAAGGAGAAUAUGAUUGGAAUAUCAAAAACCAUCGUGAUACAUUUCGAUCAAUGUUAAUGACAGCCUGUGACCUUGGAGCCGUGACCAAACCGUGGGAGAUCUCGAGACAGGUGGCUGAACUUGUAACCAGUGAGUUCUUUGAACAAGGAGAUCGGGAGAGAUCAGAACUCAAACUCACUCCUUCAGCUAUUUUUGAUCGGAACCGGAAAGAUGAACUGCCUCGAUUGCAAUUGGAGUGGAUUGAUAGCAUCUGCAUGCCCUUGUAUCAGGCAUUGGUGAAGGUCAAUGUGAAACUGAAGCCAAUGCUAGAUUCGGUGGCUGCAAACAGAAGUAAGUGGGAAGAGUUGCACCAAAAAAGGCUGCUGGUCUUGGCUACCUCACGCUCCCCUGCCAGCCUCAUGGUGGCCAAGGAGGACAGAAACUAA